AUGCAAGUACAUCAAUGGGGGAUAGACUUCAUGGGACCUUUCAAGCCUUCCUCAAACGGGCACAACUACAUUCUGGUUGCUGUGGACUAUGUGUCCAAAUGGAUUGAAGCCAUCCCCUGCCCAACCUGUGAUGCUAAGUUGAUGAAGAGUUAUGGAGUCAAGCACAAGGUCGCUACACCUUACCAUCCUCAAACCAGUGGGCAAGUUGAGGUCUCCAAUAGACAGAUAAAGGCCAUUCUUGAGAAGACAGUGAGCUUUACUAGGAAAGGAUUGGGCAGCAAGACUUGA